AUGGCAUUUGCACAAUUUCGAAUAUUAUUUAAAAAAAAUUUCCUUCUUCGUCGUCGACAACCGGUACUUUUUCUUUUUGAACUUUUAUGGCCUUUAUUACUUUUUUGUAUUGUUGCUAUUGUCCGAAAAACUUCACCUACUCAAAAUCGACCAGCAUGUUAUUAUAAUCCCAUGCCAUUACCUAAUAGUGGUACAAUCGGUUUUCUUCAAAGUUUUUUGUGCAAUACAAAUGUUAGUUGUCGUUUAAAGCCCUUCGAUGUUCAAACAUCGUCGUUAAGAAAUUAUUUUCCAUCUGUUUAUGAUGGAAUACUUGGUUUAACACAAACAGAAGGUGUAAAUACUGUUUUAAAUAAUUUACCUAAUUUAACACGUAGUGUUGAUCAUAUCAAUAAUGCAUUCAAUGAUACAUUUUUAUUAAAAAUCUUAGAUGGACAAUUUCAUAUAUAUGAUUUAUUUAAUAAUACAAAUGAAUUGAAAAAUGUUUUAUUAUUAACUGGAAUGCCAAAUGAUUUAAUUGAUCAUUUUCUAAAUGGUUCAUUUAAUUUAACAGAAAUUUAUGAUACAUUUAAUAAAACAAUUAAUAUAGAACCAUUUUGUCGAAAUGAUUUUCUUAAUCAUUUACUUACUGUUGAUAAUUUGACUAAUCCUGAUAUUGUUAUUCAAGCAUUAUGUCAAUUAAAUAUUAGAAAUCUUACAAUGGAUAUCAAUACAUUUAUUAAUCAACUUAAUUAUAAUACAAUUAAUAAAUAUUUUGAGAAUAUUUCUCAAUUAAUAAAUGGUCCAGAACUUAGAGAUAAAAUUCAACAACUGAGAAAUCUUGAAAAUAUUAUAAAAGAAUUAAGUUCAUAUGCAGAUUUAAUAAAAAAUAUGCCGAAUAUGACAGAAAUGGCACGAAUAAUUCCACGAUUAGUACAAAUUAUUGAACUUGUACAAAAUCAACGAGAUUUAAUACAACUUUUUGGACAAAUCUUAGUUGACUUACAUAUCAUUACUGAAGAACAUAUUAUAUUACAAUUGUAUGAAAUUACUCAAAUGUUUGUCGAUUUUCUUCAACGUUAUGAUAAUAUGACUCAAAGUUUAACAGCUGACCAAUUAUUUAAUAAUUUAACAUUAAAUAUAAUUUUACAAUCAGAUUUAACAUUAUCACAAACUUUUGAAGGUUCAAUAUUAACUUCGAAAAUAAAUUAUCUUGCUUUAUCAGAAUUUCUUGUUGGAAAGAUAACUGAAGCAUCAAAAUAUCGAUUAUUUUGUCGUGAACCUGGUUUUUGGACUUUAUUUAUCAUAGAUGAUGUUACUUCGAAAAAUCUUAAAGAUCGUGUUGAUCGUUAUUGUGGUAUUCAUAAUAAUCUUGAUAAUGUUUAUAAUAAAUUAAUGAAUGGUAUUCGUUUUGAAAAAUUACAAAAUUAUUUCAGUGAUAUGCGUCUUUUAUCUGGAGCUUUUGAAGGUUUAGCAAGUAUACUAUUUGCAAUAAAUCAAGCAGGAUCAUUUGAAAAUGAUUUACGUUUAACACUGGAUAGUGUUUCAGCUGUUAGUGAAUUAUUAACAAGAACACAAGUAGCUGGUGUUAAUCUUUAUGCUUCGUAUAAUUUUGUUAAAAAAAUAACAAAAACCUUUAAUCCAGAUUUAUUAAAAAUGCCGGUAUUUAAUACACUUGAUAUAGUGAUACCUGUUUUGACACCAUUAUUUAAUUUGGAUCAACUUGUUUCUGUAAUAGCUGGUGUUCCACGUGGAACUAUUGAUAAUAUUAUAAAUAAUAUUAAUAUAAUUAGUAAUUUUUUAACAACACCAGCUCCGACAAAAAUUAUGCGUUUAACAACAACGGCAAAUAUUUCAAAUAUAAGAACAACAACAAAACCUCGAUUACGAGCUCGUUAUAUUGAUUGGUCAACACUUUUUCAAGGAAAUAAUUUUCUUCAACAAAACAUGCCAAAAUCUUUUGUUAUUCCGCAAAAUAUUGCUGAUUAUAGCCAAUGGGUCAGACGACAAAAACGACAACUUGAUCUAUUAUCUGGUUUUCUUGGUCAAACACAAUCUUCGAAUUCUGUCAGUUCAGCAUUACCUGCCAUGCCUGAUUUUGUUAAAAUGUUCAAUAGAUUUACUCCUGAAACACUCGAACUUCUUUGUAUAGAACCAUUAAUGAAUCUAAUACCAAAUGAUCCUGUACUUAAUUAUAUAUUUGGUAUUGGACGUGUAUUUGAAUUAAUUAAUACAUUUAUGUCAAUAAUAACAUCAACAAAUCGUAUACGUUGUUUACAAAAUCCUAAUCAUGAUUAUGAUCAAAUAUCACAAUUUUUACGUUUAAAUAAAACAGUUGGAUUAAUUCGUGAUCUUGUUAAAAAUGGUUUUCAAUCAAAAUUUAGUUGUUCAUUAAUAGUUGAUGUUGUUAAAAAUAUUCAAGUCUAUCAAAAUUUAGUUGAUAUUAUGGAACAUAAUACAAUAACACUUGAUACACUUGAUUGUUUAAAAGAAACAUUACUUCAAAUAUUUGAACGUUUAAAAAUUUUACCUGGUUUAUUUCGUUUUAUAUUUGGUGAUUCAUCAUUAAUAAAAACAAUAAAACAAUUAGUUCCAUUAAUUAAAAUAUUUUCACCAAUUCUUUCUCCACAAACAGUUAAAUUUGUACAAUUAAAUGAUAUGAUUGAAAAUGCAAACAAUUUUACAUUAUUUUUACAACAAAAACGAAAUAUAACAUCAUUUAAUCAAUGGUAUUUUAGUACAAAAUUAGGACGAUUAGAAUCACCAGGUGAUCUGAAGGAUAUUUUUUGUAAUCGAAAUAAUAUUGUGGAUUAUGUUAUUUCAUUUCAUGAUCCAAUUAGUGUAUUAGAAUGGAGUUUAUGUGCUACUGAAUCAUUAUAUAUUCAAGGUUAUCAAGAAUUUAUGCAGCAAUAUGGUGGACCUCUUCAAUUGAAAAAAUUUAAUGGUUUGAAUAUUGAACGUUUGAUUAAUGAAAUACCGAUGAUAAAAGGUGACUUUGAAUUAUUAAGUAAUGAAAAUAAAUGGUUAAUACCACUUAUUGAUGGAAUUAAUAGACCAGAUAUAUCACCAAAAGAAAUUUAUAAAGUAUUUACAAAUUUUACAACUUAUCUUCCAGAAUUUCAAAGAUUAAAAUCAAAUGUUUCAAAUCUUGUUGAAAAAUACUUUUGGGCUUUACCAGAUGAAAGAACGCAAAAGAUGAUUUUAUCUAUUGUUGAUGGUCUUGAUAUCAUACAUAAUUUGAGUAUUGUAUUACAAGAUGCUUUAAAAGGAUUACCUGUAAAAGAUAUAUUUCUAAAUAUUACAUUUAUCACUAAUAAAUUAAUGAAAGAUUGUGGCUUUUCUAAUUCUAUGAUUGAACUUUUUAAACAAUCUCGUUUAUUCAAAGAUCCAACAAUUUUAUUUAAUCUAUAUGCUGAUUAUCAACAAACUGUAUGUGAUGUUAAUUUAUUAAAUAAUACCAUUUAUAAACCUUGGCCGUAUUUACAAUUUAAUUCAAAUAUAAGUAUAGAAAACUUAUCAAAAUAUGCUUGCAAUAUGUCAUUAGAAAAUCAAAGCAAAGUUCUCAAUACAAUAUUGAAACAUUUUAUUGUACCAAAUAAAUUACAAAUGUUUUAUAAACGUGGUGGACAGCAUAUUAUGAAUUUAUUUAAUAUGGAUGAAAAAGAAAUAGAUGUUUUUAAACAAGUUGGUCCUAUUGUAAGCGAUGUUAAUGAAUUAUUAAAACGUGUUAAAAGAUUAAAUCAACAAAUUGAUCCAUCACAAAAUCAAGAUCAAUUUGCAAAAAUAACAAAUAUAUUUUGUGGAGAAGUUGAUAAACCAUCAAAUCUACAAAGACAAGUUGCUGAUGAAGAUAGUUUUUUUGAUCAAAUUAAAGAUGCAUUAAAAGAAACAAAUAAAUCAGAAUCAUCACGUCAACAAACUUCAGAAUCAAUUGAUGAAGAUGAUGGUGUUGAUUGUUCAGAUAUAAGAAGAAGUAUUGAACAAAGUAGUGAUGUUGGAUAUAUUGUUUGGCCAUUGAUUAAACCAUUACUUCUUGGAAAAAUUUUAUAUGCACCUGCAACACCAGUUUCAGCUGCAAUUAUUGCAAAGGUCAACAAAACAUUCGAAGAAUUAGAUAAAAUUCAUCAAUUUGCAAAAACUUGGGUUAAAUCUCCACUUAAUUUAACUGCUGUAUUUGAUGAUCUACAAAAUACCAAUAAUAUUAGAAAAGUCUUAUCAAAUAAUUUAUUUCAAGAAUUAUUUAGUAAUAUAAUUGGAAUGAAUACAUUUGGUAUGAAAUCUAUAAUAUCCAUGUUAGAAAAUUUUAGUGGUGGAACAAAUACUGAUGUUUUAAAAAAUAUUGAAAUGAUUAUGAAACAAUUUAGUGAUUAUUUACCAUGUAUUGAAUUAAAUCGUUUUGAAGCACUUCAAUCUGAAAGUGAACUUGUUGAACGUGCUAAAGAAUUACAUCGAAAUCGAAUGGUUAUUGCUGGAAUUAUUUUUACAAAUUUAAAUAGUUCAAAUCCAAAUGCUAAUUUUCUUCCACCACAUAUUCAGAUUAAAAUUCGUAUGGAUGUUGAUAGUGUACGAACAACAGAACAAUUAUCAAGUUGGUUAUUUUUUCCUGGUCCUGAAAAUGAUUAUUUUCGUGAAAUGCAUUAUUUACGAGGAUUUGUACAAUUACAAGAUUUAAUUGAACGUGCUGUUAUUGAUUUACAUUUUGAAGAUACAAAUAAAAUUUCAACAAAUCCUGUUGUCUAUAUGCAAUUAAUGCCUUAUCCAUGUUAUCGUGGUGAUCCUGGAAAAGAAUCAUCGUAUGUUAAUUAUUUUAUUUUACCAAUAUUGGGAACAUUAAUGUGGACAGCUACAUUGGGUGUAUCAAUAAAAAAUUUAAUGCGUGAACGUGAAAGAAAUGUUGAACAAACAAUGAAAAUUAUGGGUCUUAAUUCAACUGUAAAUUUUAUUUCAUGGUUAAUUACUUCAUAUAUACCAAUGUUUUUUGUAUCAAUUAUUGUUGCUGUUGUUCUUAAAUAUGGUGGAAUUUUUCCAGCAUCAGAACUUACUGUAACAAUAACACCAUUACUUACUCUUGCUAUUUCGGCAUUAAUGCUUGGGUAUUUAGUUAGUGCUUUUUUUACUAAAGCAAAUUUAGCUACAUUAUGUGGCAUUUUAGUCUAUUUUAUCUCGUAUCUUCCAUUUAUUCUUGUUAUGUUUCUUGAAGCUAAAAUGCAAUUAAUUCAUAAAUUAUUAAUUAAUUUAUCAAGUGCAACAGCAUUUGGUUAUGCAUCAAUAUAUUUAACACGUUUAGAAUAUCAAGGUGAAGGUAUUCAAUGGAAUACAGUUUUUAAAAAUAUAUUUCCAAAUGAUCAAAUGAAUUUCGGUAUUGCUUGUAUAAUGAUGUUGGUUGAUGCAGUUAUUUAUGGUCUUAUUGGCAAUUAUAUACGUGCGGUAAUACCGAGUAAAAAUGCUCGUAGAAAACCAUUUUGGUAUCCAUGUUUACCAUCGACAUGGUGUUUUUGUAAGAAAUCAAAUCGUUAUGAUGGACUAAAUUCAGCAUUUCGUAUUGAACGUGAACAUCAACCAAAUCCAUUUACUGCUCGAAUGAAACAAAUUGAUCCAAAUAAUGAGCAAGAACCAACAAAUUUACUAGUUGGUAUAUCAUUUGAAAAUUUAUCAAAACAAUUUGGUGAAAAUAAAAAAGCUGUUGAAAAUUUAUCAUUAAAACUUUAUGAAAAUCAAAUAACAGCUUUACUUGGACAUAAUGGUGCUGGAAAAACAACAACAAUUAGUGUUUUAACUGGAAUAUAUCCUCCAACAAAUGGUUCAGCAAGUAUUUAUGGACAAGAUAUAACAACAGAAUAUGAUCAAAUAAGAAAAAAUGUUGGUUUAUGUCCACAAGAAGAUAUUCUAUUUGAUUUUAUGACUGUUCGAGAACAUCUACAAUUUUAUGGUCGUUUAAAAGGAAAUAUGAGUUCAAAAGAAUUAGAUAGAGAUAUAAAUGAACUUUUAAGUAGUAUGGGUUUAUGGACAUUUCAACAUGAACGUGCAUCAUCAUUAUCUGGUGGUGUAAGACGACGUGUUGCAGUUAGUAUUGCAUUUGUAGCUGGUUCAAGAACAGUUAUUCUUGAUGAACCAACAUCAGGUGUUGAUCCAUGUGCAAGAAGAAGUAUUUGGGAAGUUAUAUUUAAACAUAGAACUGGUAGAACUAUUCUAUUAACAACACAUUAUUUGGAUGAAGCUGAUACAUUAAGUGAUCGAAUUGCUAUUAUUCAUCAAGGUCGAUUAUUAUGUAGUGGUUCAUCAAUGUUCUUAAAAAAACGUUUUGGUAAAGGUUAUAGUUUAACAGUUGAUUUAAAACUUAGAGUACAAAAUAAAAUAAAAAUUGUUGAAAGUAAACAAUUCAAAGAUCUUAAUACAUUUGUAUUACAAGAAAUGCCUGAUGCAACAUUACGUGAACAAAUUGGUACUGAAGUAACAUAUUCAUUUAAACAUGAACACCGACAUAAAUUUGCACGAUUAUUUAAACAAAUUGAAAUUAAUAAAGAACGAUUAGCUAUUGGAAAUUAUGGUUUAUCAGAUACAACACUUGAAGAGGUUUUUCUUUGGGUAACAGAAUUAGCUGAUCAAGGAAAAAUGGAGGAUUUAAGUGAAAAUUUGCCUGUACCAAAAAUUGUCAUUGAUCAAGCACCUAUCUCAUCAGCUCAUAGUGAUGAUAGUGGUCUCGGUGGUGAAUCCAAUGCAACCAUGGAUGGUAUAUCAAUAAUAAGUGGAAGUAGUGCACAAUUACCAACAAUAUCAAAUGCAACUUUAAAUCCUCCACCAACAUAUAUUAAAAUAACUGGUCGUAAAUUAUAUUUUCAUCAAUUUCAAACAUUAUUAUUAAAACGUUUUCAUCAUACAAAACGUAAUUGGAAAGUUUUUCUUUCACAUAUUCUUCUUCCAUUAAUAUUUGUUGCUAUGUCAAUGGGUUUUACAUUAUUACGUCCAUCACAAAUAUUUCAACGAUCAUGGUUAUUAACACCAGCUAUGUAUGAUCAAUCAGCAAUGUUUGUUAAGUAA